AUUUGCCAGGGUCACACCUGUCGGGCGGUGCCGCGGAAGGGGAGUCACCCGAGCGCCGGGCGGCAGAGUCGGCAUCACUUGAUGAAUACACGCAAUGGCGGCUGUCAAUGUAACAUGGCUCUGCUUUUGUGUGACGCUAAUACGCGGACUUAUUUCUUUAACUUUUCCAAUAAGUGAGGAGUGUUCGCGCAUGCUGGAGUUUACCGGAGUUUACUAGUCUCGUCCCGCUGGAAGUUGACUUUAUUUAUUCGAGCUCGUCUAUUCCGUGAGCGACAUUAUGGCGCUGUCCCAGAUUCAGUGUCUGGACGAGAACCACGUCAACUUGCGGACUAACGAGUCCAAGCCGGACUUCCUCUACAGCGAGGACCAGAGACUCGCGUUGGAGACUCUGCUCCAGGAGGGCCGGCAGUCCCUGGCCAAGUUCCUGCAAGAUCGCCAAAUGCGGGGCUUCCUCUCGGACCUGGAGCUGGAGGCUCUCACCGCGGCGCAGGAGCCCUAUAAUCCGGGCCUGGACCUCUACCCGGAGGGCGCCGAGGAGGACGAGCCCCCGCUGUCGCUGCACUACUGGCCGGACUUGUCGGACAUGUCCAUCCCGCAGAUGGACUUGGGCUGGCCGCACUCGGAGGGUUACCGCGGGGUGACGCGCACCUACGUGCACACGCAGCCGCCGAUGGCCGGUGACACGCACAUCAAGGAGAUUGUCAGGAGAAUGAUCGCGCAGGCGCAGAAGGUCAUUGCAGUGGUCAUGGACCUCUUCACCGACGUGGACAUCUUUCAAGAUCUGAUCGAUGCUGGUUACAAGAGGAAGGUUUCUAUCUAUAUCCUGUUGGACAGCACAACAAUACCUCAUUUCCUGUCCAUGUGCCAAAGGGCCAACAUGCACGCGGGACACCUCAAGCACCUUCGGGUACGAUGCACAGAGGGGUCAGAGUUCAACACUCGGUCAUGCACCAAAGUCAAAGGUCGACUUGGCCACAGGUUCAUGUUCAUCGAUGGAGACAAAGCUGUGUCGGGGUCAUUCAGUUUCACCUGGAUGUCUUCACGACUGGACACAAAUCUUGUCACCGUGAUUACGGGACAAGCAGUGGAGGCCUUUGAUCAUCUUUUUCUCAACCUUUAUAUGAGCUCCAAAUUUGUAGAUCUUCGGCAGGUCACCACAAACCCUGAGCCGGCGCCUGACCCUCUCCCACAGCCAGUCACUGUAACCCUUCCUUCCGCGACUAUUGCAAGAAAAUUGUUCAACCCCAAGUAUGCCUUACUGUUUGGGGAAAAUGCAAGUCCCUCCCCCUCUGCCAUCCAAAACAGCCCCAAAGAGUCAGAGACACCGGAUGUCCCAGAUACCAAGAAGAGGCGACAAGGAAGGGGGAGUCAAGAACCUGGAGAAGUAGAGGAGUUCAUCCAUCCGGGACUUAUUAAUUUAGAGAAGGCUUACUUGAUUAACUACCUUCCUACCUGGCCAGAGCCGGACCCACCAAAAGAUGUAAUUGGGUUUAUAAACAUCAUGGAUACAAGCAAACCGACUCAAGUGCAUCUGCAACGCUCUGAGAGGUUUGAAACCAGUCAAGCGAUCCGGUUCAGCAGUCCUUUCAGCAAGUCCAGUGAAAUCCUGCCUGCGGUUGCAAAGCAAAGCGAGGCAUCUUUAAAAACUGAGGAGAAGACAAAUCCUGCAUCAUCACAAAACAUAAUUAAAGCUGAACAGCCUGGAUAUGACACAGUACAAUUCAGGGAUCCCACCAGUACCAAAGCUGAGAAACUUCAAGUACUAUCAUCUGCAUUAACCAGACAAGAUGACGGUCAACCCACGAAACACACAGCCUCUCAAUUUAGCAACGUAGAACGCACUAAACAAACAAAAACUGACAGUUCUAAUACCGAAUACAGGGCAUGUGCGAUAGAAUCAAAUAAGACAGAAGCCCCUCAAUUGAAAAGCUCUGUUGAUUUAAACUCAGGAACCAAACACACGCAAACUAACACAGCAAUGCCACUCAUGCAAACUCUUCAUACCCAGCAAGAUCGCACUUCUGAAAGUGUCACAUCUUUAGCUGUCAAUAAUCCCGCUUCUACAACUAACAGUGUGGCUUCUGAUGCCUCUUUGUCCGCAAAAAACACCUCCUCGACACGCUCUGCUCUUACCUCCCGCUUUGAAACCGUCCAACACCACUUAUCCUUAUCCUCAAGCUCAACUCCUGCAACCCCGACACCUCACACUGCCCAUUCAGUUACCAAAGCUGGCGACACCAGCGACGGCCCGGUAACGUCAAACACAGGUACGUCUAAUAUGCCUGACAGCCUGACUAGAACGAAAGCAGCCGGCCCCAAGUCCACUGGAGAAAACAGGCAACUGAUACCUGUAAUGCUAAAAAACAGUAAUAAAGAAACUGGUGUGCAGAAAUAUGACAGAAACAAAAAGGACAAAGAAGCAGUAGGAGGAACCCCAUGUGUCUCUGCGAACACAAAACAAAGCCAAUCAGAGGCCACUUUUGCACCAACUAAAGACAGUACUUCUGAUGAGCUGAACUCUGUAGACGGCGGAAGUACAAAGCCACAAGCAGAUCAGGCAGCCACAGUAGAGACGAAGACCAGAGCAACAGCACAACCGAUCACUCGUUCAAAGUCAGCAAACAUUGAAAAUGAAAAAAAUGCUGACAAAAAAACGUACCAAGUAAGAGAGAACAAACCUCAAAAAAUAUCAUAUUCAGAAAAGCCUUCGCUGAGUAUGUGGGAGAGGAUUCAGGCACAGACACUUGACACAUCCAGCAAAGAUGUCAAAGCCACAAAACUUCGUGAUAAUUCAACAAAUUCAAAAAAGAACGCCAGAGAAGCCUCCCAUGAUACUGCGCAGAAAAAAGAACUCUGUCAUGCAGUCGAAAAAUCCCCAAACUUACAUUUGCCAGAUGUCCGAUCAUCAGAGAGAGAAUCGUGGUCAACACCGGACUCACCCGCUAGGACUCCAGACCUUCAAACCUCAACGUCAGAUAUGAGUGAUGGGUAUCUCUCAUCGAAGGAUGACUCCAAUCUGUCUACGACUUCUGAAGAGUAUCAGGAAUGUAGCACCUCUCCAAACCAUGAAAGGGUGUUUGAAAAAGCAUUACAGCAAAUCCCCGGUACAACAGACACUCAUACCAAUAAACCCCAAGCAAAUCCUCCUAGUUCAGACAACCCCAGUUUAUUUUUCAUUGACUAUAGCCCUGUGGUUGCUUUAUUUGGUACCAAAGACAAGCAUAUACCGAAAAAUGAAACUCAGGCCCUUGAUAAGAAAGUGAACAAAUUGGACAAGGAGGAAAUGAGAAAUAAAGACAGUGUUAUCCAAAAACUGGAUGAAAAGGGAAGGAAAUUUAGGUCUGAACGAGAUUCCAAAGGGAAGGAUAGAAGGAAUGGUGAGGAGUCAAAGACAACUAGUUCACCGAAGACCACUGAAAAAGAAAAGGAGACCCAAGCUCAAACUCCUAUAAGGAAGCGGGCGUUACAUUUGUCAACAACAGGGACACCAGUGCACAAGAACAAGACCUCAGAAGUCAAAACUGAGAAGGCAGGACCCAGCAAUGUGCAGAACAGAGAUGGCUUAGCCAGACAGGUUGAUGGUCAGAAGCAGCCUAAAGCAACAGCCAAGCCCUCUCGUCUUGUCUCAACUCCAGUGGCCAAAGAAGAAAAGAAAGUCUCCCACAGCUCUUCACAUGUCUUUGACUAUUUAUCGUCUUUCCGUAAAGCCUCUUCGGAACAACCGCCUUCAUAAGCAGCUCAACGCGAGAUGAUUUUCCGGUAGAGCCGGACAGUUGCAUCACGUACAUGCGGCAGGGAAAGCCAAAACUUGCCUAAAUUCCCAAUGUACCAAAAAUGCUAUUUACUGCACAGGAAAACAGACAUGACGGAAGUUUAAUUUUUUGCCAUCAUUGGCUGGUUGGACAACAAAAAACGCUUGAACUACAAGACAAGCCAACUGCCUGCGCCUCAGAACAAGAGUUCCGCUAUGAGUGUGAAUUCUACUUUCACACCACAAUUCGCUCUAGGCCCGGAUCCCUAAAGACGAUGAAAUUGAAUACGGUGUUAUGUGCACUCCACCCUUCUACCUCCGUUUGACCACUUAGGAGGAGUUCAGUAAAGAGAUGAACCUGCUUAUGUGUAGCUGUUCACAUGCUCAGACUGUCUGACAGGUUAUGCUAGACAGUUGAGGAAGAAGAUGACACACCUAAGAGUCACUCUCGGUUGUACCAGACCCAAGGUCUAUUGUACUGAACACCAUUUUCACAAGGACUUUAAUUGCCUUCUUGCUUCAUGCUCCGGAGGUCUGGGAGCUUCUUCAAGUGCCCAAAUAUCUUAUUUGAGAUGUCAAAUCAAUCCUGUAGAAGUUGGGAUUGAAUUUAUUUAGAGGUUUGGAUCAGAUAAUUAGAAUAUGCCUUUUCAUCAAUGUACGUUCACACCGCAAUGCCCAAUUCAGAUGUUUGGUCAAAUCGGUGCUUUUGUAUCAGGGGUCUCAAACUCAAUUUACCUGGGGGCCACUGGAUGCAGAGUCUGGGUGAGGCUGGGCCGUAAGUAAGUAUUUCUAAAAAAACAUAUUUUAUUUUCAACACAAAAUAGAAUAUAAAUCUAAAUCAAACAAAAAUAGAAUCUAAAUCUAAAUCUAACCAAAAUGAGAAUUAAGUAAUGUGAGGCAAUGCAAAUUAAACAAUAAAAACUGUUAUUACUGACGGACAGGUGUCGCGGUGUGACUGCAGCCAGGCACGUAAGAAAACCCUUGUCUCCAUGGCAACGUCUCUGUUGCUUUCACUCAUUUGCCGCUUUUCCACUAACGCUGGGGUAGACAACCCAGAACGAGGAAUGAGCCAUUUUGGAGCCAAGUAACAAAAAUCGUCUCUGUCUGGUGCCGGAGAGAGAGGAAGGGAGGGCUCGCCGUGGAGUUUACAGUUACGGUAGCACAAUUAGCCCCAAACCGACUAACAUCACUGCUAACGUGUUACACGUCCGAUUCGCCCAGUGACUCUCUGUCUGAGUAUCAGCGCUGAGGUCCAGUGCAUCACAGUUUUGUAUCGUCGCUCAGUCCUUCGGCGGAGUGCUUCGGAAGCUAGCGGACCGCUCGUCACCCCGGCGUCGGGGAGGGAGCGAGAGAGAGAGAGAGAGAGACACACACAGUGACAAAGUUAGAGAGCGAGCAGGCGGGCGAGCAAAGGAGGGACGGAGGGAGUAAGAGCGCGUGCGGGUCUAGUGGAAAAGCGGCAAAAUGUUUCUCUGCGUGCAUCACGCAAGUGACGUCAAUGUUCAGCCCUCGAGAGCCACAUACCACACCGUGAUUGGUAGAUUCCUUCAGCUCUGCACACAAUGCUGUCAAGCACCAUUCAUACAAAACUCGCGGGCCACACUAACAUUAAACUUUUAUAUUAUAUUAUGUUCACACUGCAGGGUAAAAUGUCCAUUUUUUUAUGUUUUUGUUAAAUCCAAUGUCUUUAUUCAGUCAUUGAAAAAUGCGAUGUCUAAUGUGAACAUGACUUCAUGGCAUCACAUGUGCUGCAGUGUUUGUAAAAAUUGCUUCAAUUCUACUACGUCUCAGUCCUGGUGGAUUUGUGGCAAUGUUAUGUUGUGCAAUCAGAGUCAUCAUUUUCUGAUCUGAAUUAUUGGGCAUAGAAGAUUAAGAAGAAAAAUGGCUAACACUUUGGCCGCAGUUUGUGGGGCAUUAGAAUGUCUGCUCCGAUGAGCAUGUUAUUUUCGCAUGUUUUCUACUUAUUUGUCAGCUACUUACAUUGCAACUGACCAUUUUGCCAAAUAAUUAUGACGAGUAUUGCUAUUUGAUCAUUAAUUGGUUGGAUGACUGCAGACUGCAGUCGUGUUAGAUAUACCGUAUUUUUCGGAGUAUAAGUCGCUCCGGAGUAUAAGUCGCACCUGCCGAAAAUGCAUAAUAAAGAAGGAAAAUAACAUAUAUAAGUCACAUUUUUUGGGGACAUUUAUUUGAUAAAACCCAACACCAAGAAUAGACAUUUUAAAGGCAAUUUAAAAUAAAUGAAGAAAAUAGUGAACAACAGGCUGAAUAAGUGUACGUUAUAUGACGCAUAAAUAACCAACUGAGAAGGUGCCUGGUAUGUUAACGUAACAUAUUAUGGUAAGAGUCAUUCAAAUAACUAUAACAUAUAGAACAUGCAAUACGUUUACCAAACAAUCUGUCACUCCUAAUCGCUAAGUCCCAUGAAAUCUUAUACGUCUAGUCUCUAACGUGAAUGAGCUAAAUAAUAUUAUUUGAUAUUUUAAGGUAAUGUGUUAAUAAUUUCACACAUAAGUCGCUCUUGAGUAUAAGUUGCACCCUGGCCAAACCAUGAAAAAAACUGCGACUUAAAGUCCGAAAAAUACAGUAUAUCUGAUUUAUAUCCACUUACGAAAAAAGCUUGGGUGGGAUUUGAAAAAGUCUGAUUUGCACUGUGACAAUUGACAUGAAAAACUCAGAUAAAGAUCAAAUGGGCAAAAAAAAAUCCAGAAUGGAACAUUUUCUUAACCAAAUUAUUUUGUAUAGUAUAUUAAGAAGGAA